AUGUGGGCUCUACCGCUUGUCUGCUCACUCACCGCUCUGGUCUGCCCAGACGGCUGUGAUGCCGCCAGAGCAUCUCCAUCUUCCACAGGUUUGCUACCUCGACUGACCGAUCUCGUGGCCGCUUCACCAGUUUGGGCCGUGUUUGCAUUCGGUGGAUCUAAGCCGGUGGGAUCUGUGCUAUUUGUGUGGAUCAUGAUCCUCUUCACGAGACCGGAAAGUACAGCCUGUCUGACCGCCUUGGAUACCGAUCGUGUCUUCCUCAGGGCCCAAUGCAAAGCAAAAUGUCUUCUCCUGUUUCAGAAGAGCUCGGAGACCAAUGCCACUUUGGUAAGUCACAAGUGA